AUGAUCCUUCUCAGUCCCAGGUUUUCAUUGCUGUGGCUUCUUUACGGCUUGGCACAGGGGGAGGUAGUACCUUCUUUUUUGCAAACCUGUGGUCAGUUCUUUGCUAAUCCUGGAGGAGGCAGAACAUCCCCAACGGUCAUUGCUGGACCUAGUUAUGAACAGAUUUGUCAAGUACGGCAGAAUGUGUAUGAAUUUGCCUCGCUCUAUGACACUGCAAAUAAGAUCCCUGUGUACUCUGCAUAUGAAUUUGUUGGCCAUGCGACAUGCGGCAGGAAGAGCACAUGGUUCAUUGAACCUCAGCUUGAUAACCCCACCCUUCCUAAAGAUAUGAGCACUGAGGGCUCAGUCCCACCACAAGUCAGAGGGAAUAACCAAGCCUUAAACACAGACUACGAUGGGAGUGGAUAUGAUAGAGGCCAUCUCUGUCCAGUCUACCAUAGAGAUACACAGAGCUGUGCUGAUUCCACUUUCACUCUUACUAAUGCUGCUCCACAAGACCCUUCUUUCAAUAGGGGCCAGUGGAAAAAGCUGGAGAAAAGAGUAGCUACGUUUUUGAUCCAAAAUUGCCUUCCAAACACAGCCUUUAUAGUCACAGGGGUGGUGCCAAGCAGAGGGGCCACAGCCAAGUUUAUCAAUAACAGGGUGAAUGUGCCCAGUCACUUCUGGAGUGCGUACUGCUGUCUUGACAACAACCUCAGGCCCCUUUGGUCUCAAGGCUACUUGGGUGUAAACAGCAAUAAAAUACCAGCAAAAGGGUUCCACCUGUGGGCUCUCGUCAACCACAACCAUCUUGAACUGGUCUCAGCCACCAUGGCUAACUCCCCAGUGGCUUUCUUCAGUUGUCUGGGUUCCAAACCCAUCUUCUGUAAGAAAUGGCACACUGAUGUUGCUGGGAAACCACAGCGGCCGACUUCGAUGUGA